ACCCAUAAUCCCCGCGGCGACUGAACGCGUCACUGAAUCAACAUGGCGGCGGCUAUGGCACUCGUAAGAGGUGUCCGAUUUGGUUCAUAUAGCAUCGGUAGAAGUCGCAGUUUAAUAUUUAACAGUUUGCAGAGACGAGGAAUAGCAGCUUGCGUUGAUCCCUCUAUAGGACUCACAGAUGAACAGAAAGAGUUUCAGAAGGUGGCAUUUGACUUUGCUGCCAACGAGAUGGCUCCACAUAUGGCAGAAUGGGACCAAAAGGAAAUUUUCCCAGUGGAGGCCAUGAGGAAAGCUGCCCAGCUGGGGUUUGGUGGGAUUUAUGUGAACCCUGAUGUUGGGGGGUCGGGACUCUCUCGUCUGGACACCUCUAUCAUAUUUGAGGCUUUAUCCACAGGCUGUGUCAGCACUACCGCGUACAUCAGUAUUCACAACAUGUGUGCCUGGAUGAUAGACACAUUUGGAAACAACGAGCAAAGGGAGAAAUUCUGUCCUGAUCUCUGCUCUAUGCAGAAGUUUGCUUCAUACUGUCUCACAGAACCCGGUAGCGGGAGUGACGCCGCCUCACUUCUAACCAGCGCGAAACUCCAAGGAGAUCAUUAUAUCCUGAAUGGCUCUAAGGCGUUCAUCAGUGGAGGUGGAGACACAGAUGUUUAUGUGGUCAUGUGCAGGACAGGUGAGAAGGGACCUAAGGGCAUCUCCUGCGUGGUGGUUGAAAAAGGAACUGCGGGACUCAGCUUUGGCAAAAAAGAGAAGAAGGUAGGUUGGAACUCGCAGCCAACCCGAGCCGUGAUAUUUGAGGACUGCGCUGUCCCAGUGACCAAUCGGCUUGGAGCAGAGGGGGAGGGCUUCAGCAUUGCCAUGAAAGGCCUAAACGGAGGCAGAAUUAAUAUUGCUUCUUGCUCUCUUGGAGCGGCACACGCAUCUGUGCUUCUGGCCCGAGAUCACAUGUGUGUGCGGAAACAGUUUGGAGAAACACUAUCAAACAGCCAGUUCCUGCAGUUCAAGCUGGCUGAGAUGGCCACUAAGCUGGUAGCUUCUCGGCUGCUGGUGCGUCAGGCGGCGGUGGCUCUGCAGGAGGGGCGACCAGACGCCGUCUCGCUCUGCUCAAUGGCCAAACUCUUCGUGACAGAUGAAUGCUUUGCAAUAUGUAACCAGGCCUUACAGAUACAUGGAGGUUAUGGUUACCUAAAGGACUAUGCAGUGCAGCAGUACGUCAGAGACAUUAGAGUACAUCAGAUAUUGGAGGGUACUAAUGAAGUGAUGAGGAUGAUCAUUGCGAGAAGUUUGCUCACUGAAUCAUGAUGCUCAUGAAUGGACUCCUGUACGGGACAAAACAGUUUGUGUCUUCAUUGU